AUGGGCUCUUUAAAGAUCAAACUUUCCCUGUCAGCUGACCCAGAAGCUCCUCAAGAAGCAGUUCUCCAAGUCUCGAGCGGGAAUUCAGUCUCGCCAAAAAAGAGAAAGCCAGAAGUAAAAAGCGAGCAAAUCCCUGCCAAAAUCGAACUGCAUAAUCGACCAAAACACUGGGAGCCAAGAUGGGUCCUUUACAGCAACGUCUUUGAGCACGGGCCAGAAAUUUGGCUGAAAAGAUGGGUCGCACUUGAUGAAAUUGAAGAAGAAAUGCAGGUGGAAGAAGAAAAAAUCACCCCCAAAAUUUAUAAGUGCAGCCUCGAAGACUGUGGAAAAGUUUUCAGUGACCAUGGGACACUUAAAAAGCACGCUGCUACACAUGGAGAAAGACAGUUCGUCUGCGCUUAUGAAGGGUGCGGGAAAAGGUUUUUAGACAAUUCCAAGCUUCGAAGGCAUCAGCUAGUCCAUACAGGAGAAAAACCAUAUGAGUGCCAAUACUGCAACAAAAAAUUUUCCCUCGACUUUAACCUAAGGACCCAUCUGAGGACCCACACAGGAGAAAAGCCUUAUCAAUGUUCAUUCCCCGGAUGUCUCAAACGGUUUACACAGUCCAGCAACUUAGCCGCCCACGAGAAGUCUCACCAGUCUAAACAGACGAAAAAAGAAGAAGAAAAGAAGGCUGAAUAA